AUGGCUCCAUCAGAAGCAGCACAAAGCAAGCCGUGCUUACGUCGUCUUGAGAACGGCUUGAUCGACGUAACGCCUACAGGCGACUACAUCGCGAUUACGGAGAGGAACUCAACACAAUCGCCGCUAUUACGACUACCCGCUGAAAUACGCAACAUCAUUUUCGAAUAUGUCGUGAGUGGCCAUACCAUCAGAAUGAUCAGCGAAAGGGGUACAUCGUGUUGGCCACUUGCCAAACGACAUCGUUUCAGUUUGGCGCGUGUAUCUCGACAAACCUACAACGAGACGGCGUUGUUGACCUAUACAGGGAACACUCUGUUAUUCAUGUACCCGGACGGCAUCGAAAUAUUGACAACGCCCUCUUCAUCACUCAAUCGGAUGUUGAUUCGCAACAUAGGGGUCAUCGGAUCCGGUACGGGUAUAUGGCCGGAACCCUGGGUCAUCCCACUAUUGAACACUUAUUUCCCCUACCUUACAAAGAUGGACAUCCAGCCCGUGGGUCAAUUGAACGCGGAAACACGGUCUUUUAUCGAAUCUCUCGGCGGAACCGUACAUGUACAUAUUAGGGAAGUGACUGAUCACGAAGACUGGCUUGAAAUGUGGAUGCGCUGUGCGGAUUAG